CGUGGAGUUCCUUCUUCAGGAAAAGGAUGAAAAGCUUCUGAGUCUGGAAAAGGAAAUCAGUCGCCUCUCGGGUUUUGAAACCGAAAUGAAGCGUAAAGAUACACUGAUAGCAAAUCUGCAGGAUGAAAUUGCAGCGAUGGCGAAGACCGUGGCCCAGGCUGCUGCUAGAAACGGUGCGGAGCUGACUCAGAAGCUGCUAACCUUUGACCAAGAAAUGGAAGCAAAAAAAGAAGAGAUCAAAGCCUUAAAAGAACAGAUCAGCAACCUCCAGAAAGACUCCAGCCAAGUUUUUAGCCAUUCCCUCUCUGAAAGAGACCUGGAAAUUGUAAGCCUGAAAAAAGAAAGCGAGAAGCUAAAGAGGGAUCAAGCUCUAACUGCAGGACUAGUGACCAGCCUGCAAAGGGAGAUUGCUGUGAAGGAGCAGAAAAUUCAGCAGCUCAACCAGGAGGUUGAGAAAAUGAAGAAGGACAACAGAGAGAAGGACAAUCAGCUAGCAGUUGUUUCUGCCAAGUACUCCAGAAUUAAAGAGGGAAUGAAGCAUGAACUCGGAGAGAGAGACGUCACUGCUUACCGAAAUCGCAUUGGAGAUCUGGAACUUCAUGUGAAGGGACUGCAAGGAGAAAUACAGAAGUAUUGCACUGAACAAGAAACCAUGAAAAACAGGCUCUCCAAGAAGGCAAAGGCUGAAGAGGAGCUGAAAAAAACGUGUGAAAGGAAAGCUCAGCAAGUGCAGGAGAUGGGGCGCCGGGAACGCCUGCUGAAAUCCGAUUUGGAUCGGGCCAAAAAUCAGCUGGAGUCUUUCAAACAGCAAGUGGUGCGAGUGUGUUUUCCACGAGCAACCGGAGCUGCCGAGAAGUUGCCGACAGAUGAGCAGUUAAUUGAGAAGAUCAGGCAGAUCUCAGACGAAAACCAACAACGUCUUGAAAAAGAGAAGCUUUUCCAGAAGGAAAUAACUUCUCAGCUAGCUAAGGCAAAGCAGCUGUCCGAAAAUAUCGAGGUGUUCAAGAAAUCAUUACAUGGGCUCCAGGCUUUCCUGAGGACCUCCCAUGGCAGCGCCAGCCUGAGACAGGAGCUCUGCACCUUUGAGGCUCUGCGCGUGGACCCUCCUGUCUCGGAAGUCCACAAGGCUGUGGCUGAAACCGUGCGCUGUCUCCUGGCCUCGAUGGAGGGAGUGGAGCAGCUCCUGGAGAGUGCGGGGCUGGACCUGCCUUCCUCUGAUGAAGGUUCUCGUCCCACCACGUCUGCCUGCAUUUCCCUGACCUGCCACGAAUUGCUUUUCCUGGAUGGGUUGGCAGCUCAUAUCAGGACGUUGUUGGGAAAUAAUCAUGAAGCCACACAAAGAAUUCAACUACUGGAGACCCAAUUAGACAAAGUCCAGAAGUCCCAGGAUGCUUUGCUACAGGAGCACGUGAAUGAUCUGAAAGCAAAACAUGAGCAAGACCUACGGAAAAAAAUCAAUCAGAUUAUCCUGGAAAAGGAGGAGGAAAGCAAAGAGAUUCUGGAGAGUGCUGUCGCCAAAGAGAAGGACAAGUUCAAGCAGUGUAUGGAUGAAGAAAAGAAGAAGGUCCAAGACUUGGAAUAUCACCUGAGAAGUAUGACCGAGGUUAUUGAAAUGAAGUCAAAAGAGCAGGAAGUGGUAAAUGUCAAACUACGAGAAGCUUUGGACAACCUGGAGGAGACUGGGAAGCGAGAGAUCAUGUUAAAGCAGCAGUUAUUCGUGCAAGACGAACAGCUAAAGAUCACUCAGGAUGAAAAGGAGUUACUGAAGCAGAAAUUUCAGGAAGAAAUAAUGGAAUAUAAAGAACAAAUUAAGCAGCAUUCCCGGACAAUUGUUGAGCUAGAAGACAGAUUGCUGGUGGCCAAGCAGGAGCAGAAGAUUUUAGAGGAGGAAAAUGUCACACUCUUGGAAAAAAUAGAAGGAUUUCAGGGUGAUCCCUGCAGAUCCUCAUCAAGUGCUUCACUAGCAGCUUUUCAUACAGAGGAGUCCCCUGGUUGUCUUGUGUAA